AUGAGAUUUACUUUGAAAUUUUUCCUAAGGUACUCGCUAACGGGGAUCUUACCUAAUACAAGACCUGAUCUCUUUAAGGUGAAAUUCAAGAUUAAAAAGAUGGCACAUGACUGUGAAUGUAGAAUGAAAGGUACCAUGUGGGGAUCUGACUAUGAAGUUCUUAUAUUGCAAUACUUUUUGAUUCAGCGCAGGAAAUUGAAACAACCUAGAAUUAUUGAGUUGUUCUUUUAUCUUCCCAGUAAUGAGGAAAUUCUUUUAUGCUGUGAUGGUGCCUCAAGGGGUAACCCUGGCAUUACUAGAUAUGGAUUUGUGGUUAGAAAUCAGUGUGGUGAUUUUGUUUUUGCUGAAUCUGGAGGUCUUGGGGUGACUGCAAACUAUAUUGCAGAGUUUAUUGCAAGUAUUAGAGCUUUAGAAUGGGCCACUGAACACCAAAGGUACAAGAUUAUCUUACAAUCAGAUUCAAAGGCUUGCAUACAUUCUUUAAUGCAACAGAAGAUCCCCUGGUUUUUACUGGCAAGAUGGCAAAGAGUGCAGGCUAAAAUUCUAUCAAUUUCUUGUAGGCAUGCUUACAUGGAAGUCAACUUUUCCGCUGAUCACUUUGCAAAGAAGGGUGUAUAUCUCUUGAAGGGACAAACAAUCACUUAUGAAGACAGACCAAGUAGCUUGACUAUCAUGGAAUAUCCUGACCAACCUUGUUACAGAUUUAAGUAG